ACCUACCGCCGUCAUUUCUGCAAUUAGCCGUCGCGGCUACCGGCUGGAAAAGGAAGACGAUGGUGGCAAAAAUUGGGAGGUGAUGGAGCCAUUGAAGCGUUGGCUGGAAAAGGAAUAAAUGGAAGCGAUAGGUGAAGAAGAUGAUGAGCCGCGAUCCAAAAAGGAAACUUCUUGGAAGUCUUCUUCCCGAUGCGCCUUUUCAAGGAAGGAAAGGAAAGCUUUCCGCCCAAAUCUUCUUCCCGGGAUUGAAAACUGUUCCGCAUCUACUCUUCACCAGGAAAUGAAUUCUACAGCGAAGGAAAGUCUCGCCCAAAUCUUCUUCUGAAUUUUUGAAGGAUCCAAGAUCUAGCCGAUACUCUCCUUCUUCAUCUGACUCUGGAAAAAUCUGUGCCAGUUCAAAAUUGGAUCUUUUUAUUUUCAGCUGGGACAAAUAAUAGUUCUUCAACUUGCAGUGGCAACCAGCCGAAACCAACCCGCAGCACCAGGCAGCCGAAAGAGGAAAACUCUCAUUGGAAUUUGUCAAACACGCUGCUACUACUGUGAAACAAUAAAAAGACCAAGCACAAGGAGAGGCAGGACAAACUACGGAGUAUUAAAAUUGUGCAGCAGCCUUUGUUCAGCUUCGUUGCAAGGUUAGUCAAACAAAUGGCAUUAUUUUUUAACACAAUAAAUUUGUGAUUUAAACAGUUUUGUGUCCAGGCCAGGAUCAAAGUAAAUAGAAGUGUUUGACAUGCACUGUACACUUGCACACUAAAGUUAAAUUAAUAAUGCAAAUGAAUUUCAAUGAUCCAAUCUGUUUGUGAUUGGAAUAUACUCUAUAUUCUAUUUCACAAGAGUAUAGCAUCAUAUAUAUGUACAAAAUACAUUUGUGUAGUGGGUGUUUGUUUUACAUCCUACCAACUCCAUAAAGACCGAAAUUGUCCCCUUCAAUAGACCAUGCCUCAGAACAUUAGUGUCAGGGCCACUGGGUUUGAUCCAGUAUUUUGUAUCCCUAAAAUGGACUAUCCAUUUCGGGGUUUUCUGGGUCAGUUGUGUUUUUGACAUGUAUUCGGAAGUAAAGGGUCAUGUAUCUGAUUUUUCCUAUAAGUUCUCCCAGUGUAUCCAUCUUUCUCAACAGUCAAGAAGUGAAGAGUUCAUAUUAAAUGUGUUUCUCUUUUUGAACUUCUCAUGAUUUGCUUUUAAUUUGAUUUACCUUUUAUAAAGCUUCGAAAACAUGUAGAACAUUCAGAGCAGCAAGUUUAACAGAAUAUAUUGGGAAAUGACAUACUCCGUAUGUUUUACUGCUGUUUAGUGCAAAUUUGAACAAAUUAUGUUGAGCAGAUGAGCUUUCUGAUGUAAUUAUUAUUUCCCCUGAUUCAUUAUAUCUUUGGAUGAUUUAUUAGUUUUUGGAUGAUUUAUUAGUGCAAAUUUGAACAAAUUAUGUUGAGCAGA